CCCAUCCCUUCAAGCAUCCUAGCCAUGCCUCCGCGGUCGGAAGCCUCGGGGUCUUCUUCGAGGUCAAACGGGUACAGCAUCUACCCGACCGACUCUGUGCAGGAUGUUGCCGACUCGCUGGGGCUGCCACCGCUCAAGGACAGCGUAGCCCAGGCUUUGGCCGCCGACGUCGAAUACCGUGUUCGACAAGUGGUGCAAGAUGCGGGCAAGCUCAUGCGUCAUGCCAAGCGGUCCCAGAUCAGAACGGCGGACAUCGAUCGAGCGCUCCGUGCUAGAAACAUAGAGCCCAUCUUUGGCUUCCAUCCAACCACCCAGGGCCACUCGACACCUCAAGCGGGCUAUCCAUCGCCUGUAGGAUCCAGCUUUCGACGUAUCCAGACGCCUUCGGCGGGCCCGCUUCACAUCCUUGCGGAUGAGGAAAUCGAUCUCGACAAGGUCCUUCAGUCAGGUCCAAAGAUCAGCGUGAGGCCCGCUGUAGGAUGGGCAGCCCACUGGCUAGCCAUCGAGGGAGUUCAGCCAGCCAUACCACAGAAUCCAAAUUUCAAGGCCUUGGGAAUCGACAGAAAUGCAGCGUUGGGAACUGCAGCGACGACCAAUAAUGGGCCAACGGCGGCCAACGGCAGAGCAUCUACGCUCCCGCCAGGAGGAGCCUCUGCUGUCCUGGCGACAGGUCCGAACCAGGCGAUGGCCAAGCCCCUCAUCAAACAUGUCCUCUCAAGGGAGCUGCAGCUGUACUUUGAGAGACUCACCGAGGCCAUCCUUGCGCCGCCCAAGGAGGCUGACGUCGACCCGCAUACAUCGACGUCGACGAGUAGGGGCGAGGGAGGAGAGGAAGGUGACGUCACUAUGGCCAACGGAGAGGACGAGGAAGAGAAGCGAAACGAAAGAGGAGAGCAGGACGAGCAGACGUCUGGCAACACGGUACGAGACGCUGCUCUGGCUUCUCUCCGAGGUGACCCGGGCCUUCACCAGCUCGUUCCCUACCUAAUGCAGUGGGUCGGAGAGAGGGUGGCAAGCGGGCUGCGCGACGAAGAGAUGCUCAGCUUGAUGCUUGUCACCAUCAACGCAAUUGUCUCAAACCCCUACCUGGGCAUCGAGCCAUACCUCAACCAGCUUCUGCCUUCUGUUCUCUCCAUUCUCCUCACCUCGACCCUUGGCGGCUCAUCGGCGGCUACGACGGUGCACCGGCUGCGGACCCAGGCCGGCCAUCUCUUGGCUUUCAUCAUCGAAACUUUUACACUAUCAUACCCAACACUGCGACCACGGGUGGCUCGCACGCUCCUCGAGGCUCUCGACGCAGGCACACACGCCCACAAUGGAAGAAAAUCGAGGUCACCAGGAAAGAAGCCGGACACGGCGGAAAGUGGGCACGGCGACGAGGGAGCAGAUGAGGGGGAUGGCGAAGACGAUGAAGAUGAGGAGGGUGGUGCAAGGGAGAAGAGAGGGCCGCAAGCAAGCAUGGGGACAAAGUUGGGCGCUGUCAUCGGCCUCGCAAAGAUGGGCAAGGGCACCGUACGGGCACUGCUUGUCAACGACGAGCUAGGAGGCGACGGAGAAGAAGACUCGAACAUGCUCAAGCGCCUUGGAGAUUGGCUCUCUCAUCGGGUCAAGGACGCGGGAGACGCAAAGGAGGAAGACGACGAGAUAAUUGAAGUCAUCGUGGAAGAGGUACGAAGAGCGCUGUACACUCUCGGCCCCGCCCUUGCUCCUCCUUCACAAGAUCCAGAAGCCGAGCGGGAACAAGUGGAGACGAAGGCGGGCGCUUUUUGGAACCAGAGACUUGGCGAGGAUGUCCGGGUUCGCAAGGCUAUCUUGGCCGGUCUGCAAAGCAGUGCCGUCGUGAAGGCGGAGGAGACAUAAGGGCUCUUUCAUCCGAUGUAUUUGUAGUAAAGAGUAUGCGGACGCUCGAUUCUUUUCAUUGAAAAACGGCCAGAAUCCUUCCUUUUCAAAAUAAUGUUACAACAAGAGUUAGGAGGCGGAUAUGGAGAGA